AUGAAAAUGUCAAGAAUUAAACAGAAAAAUGGAGUGAUUAAAGAGAAAAAUACUAUAUCAGAAAAACAACUACCUAUUAAUUUUACUGAAGCUAAUAUUUCAAAAAUGAAAAAAAAACAAGAUAAAUUGAUUGUAGAAAAUAAUACUCAAGAAACACAGGAGAGUCUGAAUUCCUUAGUUUCAAGACUUGAAAAAGAAAAUAGAAGUCAUAAGGAAAAUCCUAAACUUAUAUCAUCUCGACUCUUAAGAAGUCGACCGCCUCUUCAGUAUUUCCGAAAUCUUGUAAAUAUGCGUAUAAAGGAUCCAAUAAUAUCAUCAUUUCCAACGAACAAUAUCAUCUUUGCAGAUGAUAUUGCCGACCUUGAUUUUUGGAUAACACUUAUUGCUGAUUAUAGUGCAACUGCUAUUCAAUUUCCAGACUUUUUAACAAAAAAGAUACGUGAAGGCAUACCACAUCCUCUUCGAGGUCUUGUAUGGCAAAGUAUGUCUGGUGCACAAAAUACACAUUUGGAAAAACUUUUUAAAACUCUUCGUCACAAAGAAAGCCCAUAUGAUAAAAUAAUUGCUUGCGAUCUUGCAAGAACGUUCCCAUGUGUUGAAAUGUUUAAAGAGGAAGGUGGAGAUGGUCAAAAAAAACUUCAUUUAGUUUUACGUGCUUUUAGCUUAUACGAUACAGAAGUUGGAUAUUGUCAGGGUUUGGGCUUUAUUGUUGCCCCUCUUUUAAUGAAUAUGUUUGAACAUGAGGCCUUUUGUGUUCUUGUUAGACUCAUGGAAUGUUAUGAUAUGAGAACCAUUUUUACUAUUAAUUUGUCAGGACUUCAUUUACGGCUCUUUCAAUUUGAACAUUUUCUUUCUCUUUGCAUACCAUCUGUUGCAGCAUACUUCAAUUCUAUAGGAAUAGAUCCUUUUAUGUAUGCUAGUCAGUGGUUUCUUAGCAUGUUUGCUGUUACGUGUCCACUUCCAACGUUACAUAGAAUUUAUGAUGUCAUUUUUGGUGAAGGCGCACUUGAAACUAUUAUAAGAAUCGCCAUUGCAUUAAUUAUAAAGAACGAGACACACAUUUUAAAUAUCGAUUUUGAAGAAAAUCUACAAUUCCUUCUUAGUCCAGAAUUAUGGGCAGCGUAUAAUAGUAAUGACGACGAGUUAAUAUCGGACGCAGUUGGACUUGAUAAUAUUGUUACACAGAAUUCCUUGGCAGAAUUAGAACAAAAAUUUAAUCAAAAUAACACUAAAAACCAUAAAAAUCCCAUAAAAUCUAUUUCUAAUGAAAUCCAAAGAACAGAUAUUAAAUUUCCUGAAAAAAUAUGGAACAAAACUGAUGUUUCUUUACCAAUCUUUCUAGACUCAUCAACUAAUCACGAUUUGCUUUAUAAGUGUGAUGAUACACAAAAAAAUCUAUUAGAAUCAGAUGGCUCAACAUCAUCUAUAUACCCAAAAUCAUCAGAACUCGAAAAGGUGAUGAAUCCGUCAUUACCAGUAACUUUAUGUAAAAAACCAUUAUUUAAAAAGGCGUCUACACCUAAUAAUUUAUUUGAGCGUGAUAACAAAGAACUUCAUUAUCAAAUUGAGGAUCUUGUUAUGGCUUUAAAUUCUUUGCAAAAAGAACAUGCUUCUACAAAAGAGCAAUUAGAGACAUUAACAAGAGUUUCUUUAAAAUACAAAAAUAUUGCCUUGAAAUUAAUCGAGAUUAUCGAUAAUUCAAAUUUCUUUGAUAAAAAAACAUCUAAUCUUAAAGAAUCGGACAAGGAAAAUACAGAUCAAAAAUCUCAUACUUUUGUUUUAAAUGGGUUUGUUUCUUCUAAUGAAAAUAACAAAAAUGAAACAUAUAACAAAAACGAGGAUAUUCAGGAAUUAGUGAAACAAUUAUACGAUUCUUUUAUUCCUCCUAACCCUCUUUCAGAAGAACUUUUAUCUUUACAAGAAAAAUUGUCUCAUGAACAAUCAAAAGUAAAAGACUUAAAAAAGCAAAUUAAUUUAAAAGACUUAGAAAUAACGGAUAUAAAAAAUAAGAUUCGUGAUAUUCACAUGCAUUGGAAUCAAGCAUUGAAAGAAAAUUUGAAAAUUUAG